AGGGUGGGGGCGGGGCCCGGUGGAGGCGGGGCCUCUGCUGCACAAGCGGUACGCUGGUCCCGGCGGCUGCGAUUUCGCGCCAAACUUGAGGGGACUCAGCGUGCGGGCCGCGGAGCAGGCGAUCGCUGCCGCCGUCAUGGUUCGGCCGCUGAACUGCAUCGUCGCCGUGUCCCAGAAUAUGGGCAUCGGCAAGAACGGAGACCUGCCCUGGCCUCCGCUCAGGAAUGAGUUCAAGUACUUCCAAAGAAUGACCACAACCUCUUCAGUGGAAGGUAAACAGAAUCUGGUGAUAAUGGGUAGAAAAACCUGGUUCUCCAUUCCUGAGAAGAAUCGACCUUUAAAGGACAGAAUUAAUAUAGUUCUCAGUAGAGAACUCAAGGAACCGCCACAAGGAGCUCAUUUUCUUGCUAAAAGUCUGGAUGAUGCUUUAAAACUUAUUGAACAGCCAGAGUUAGCAAAUACAGUAGACAUGAUUUGGAUAGUCGGGGGCAGUUCUGUUUACAAGGAAGCCAUGAAUCAGCCAGGCCAUCUCAGACUCUUUGUGACAAGGAUCAUGCAGGAAUUUGAAAGUGACACGUUUUUUCCAGAAAUUGAUUUGGGAAAAUAUAAACUUCUCCCAGAAGCUCUCUGAAGAGAACUGUCUCUAAACAGUAUGAAGUCCUAAACCUUGAGCAUGUUGGAGUUUUUCACUUGAGUAGAUGUUUACUUUCUUCUGGUAAGUAAUGCUUUACAGCAUUCAGUGUCUUGUACCACGAGUUGUUUCAUUCCUUUUGACGUUAUUGUUUUGUUUUCAGACUACUCAUAGUAGUAUAUAAAACUACAGAUUACUUUAUCUAAUGUCUGGCAACUUCAGUAAUUGGAGUUUAAUAGUUGUAUGUAUUUGUUGAUAGUUGUAUAACAUACUCAUCUGGUACCCUGUAACUCUAAAGCUAGAAUUAAUAGUUAUAGAUGUUAGUACAUUCUUAGCAGUAGUAUAAUGAAAUAGAGAUGCAAGUAAGAACAUGUUUAGUGUCUUCUGCAGUUUUACUUCUGCAGUUUUAGUCAGAUGUUUGUCAUUUCUUUCUCUUGCGUAAUUAUCUGGUCCAGAACCUCCAGCAGGGUGAAGAGGAAAUUAGAGCAAAUAUCUCACUUAUCUUGUUCAUGGUCCCAGCAGGAAAGCAUGUGACUAUUACACUGAGGAAGAUCCCUUUAAUUUUUAGUUCAUUAAGUGCUUUAGUUAUGAAGGACUGUUGGAUUUUGCCACAUGGUUUUUCUGAACCAUUUGACACUGUAUAUUACAUGAUUGGUUUUCAUAUUAAACUAAUCUUGCAUAUCCAAGGUCAAUUUUACUUGGUAAUUGUAUGUGGUAUUUUUUAUUUGUUGGUAGAGGCGAUUUGCUACCAUUUUAUUAAGUAUUUUUGCAUUUGUGUCCCUAAGAGCCACUGAUGUAGUAUGACUGUGCGUGUUCAGCUGGUCUUAAGGCCAGGCGGUGCUGACCUGCAGGGUGAGUAGGGAGUGCUAGCCCCUGCGCUUUGAAAGGCUGAGGGACGCGGGCUGGCUCUUUCCCAUCACAGGGGUGUGUGGUGAGCAGAUGCAGACAGGACAAGACCAUUGCUGUGCUGGGGACAUUCUAAAUGACACUCCACACAAACAAAAUGCCUGCUUCAUUGCGGCAUUUGAUAGCCACCUAUUCUCUGACUGCACUAACAUCACAACAGCUCCUUAACACGGAGAGAGGGGAUUUCCAGGGGAGAGGCCUGAAAUAGGUCUGUCUUCCUUUAAGACUAGAUAAAAGGAAACCUCCGGACAAUAAGUGUCUACCCCUGUGUUAAAAAACUUCAUGACCAAAAGCAACAUAGGAUAAUAAGUUGAUUUCAUCUUCUGCUUCCAGGUAACAGUCCAUGAUGGAAAAAAGUCAGGGCUGGACAUGGAGGCAGGAACUGAUGCUGCUUACUGACUUGCUUUCAGCCUGCUUUCUUAUACACCACAGGACCUAUCCAUGAACACCACCACCUACAAUGGGCUGGGUCUACUCAUAUCAAUUAUCAUACAGAUAAUACAAGCCAAUUUGAUGGGAACAUUUUCUUGAUUGAGAUCCCUCCUUCCCAGAUGUUCCGGCCUUGUAUUAAAUUGACAUAAAAAGUAGCCAGCCCAAUCUCUGUCUAGAAGGUAGUAGAAUUGCUCAAUCCUGGACCUCUGUCUCUGAGCCUCUAUACACUGGAGAACUUCUCAUGCUCACUAGUGUCCAGAAAUGAGCUUUAAUCAUUCUCCACUCAUCUUCAUUUUCCCAUCGUUCCCCAUUAAGUUUACAUGCGUGUGUUUAUUUACAUGUGUGUUUAAUUUAUGUUUUUAAAAAGUAAAUGAUCAAAUCCAUACCCCAUUUCAUCUUUUCUAAUUCCUCUGCUAUCCCCCCACACAACUAUUCCCUCACAACUUCAUGUUUUGUUUUGCUUUGUUACCACACUGAGUCUACUUAGUGUAGCCAGGAUGUGCAUGACUGGGGUCACCUGCCUCUCAUGGGUGCCCUCUUAGAGGCCAAAUCCCUGAAGGAAAAUGACUCCUCCUCCUCCGUUGGCCAUCAGUUGUCACUAGCUCCUUAGGUUGGGGUGGGGCUUCUUGGCUUCCUGUCCUACCCAUGCUUAGAUCUUGUACAGGUCUAGUACAUGCAGUCAAGACAGUGAGCUCAUAUAUGCAACAGCCCUCUUACGUCCAGAAACUAACUGUUCUGUAACUGCCUCUGCCUCUUACAAUCUUUCUAACCCCUCUGCCACAGUGAUCCAUGAACCUUGGAGUUAAGGGGUGUAAGAUUGUGUGUGUGUGUGUGUGUGUGUGUGUGUGUGUGUGUGUGUGUGUGUGAGUGAUGCAUAGAGGUCAGAGGACAGCCUCAGGUGUCAUCCUCAGAAAAACUGCCGUCUUUGAGACUGGCCUCUCCUUGCCUGGAAUUCACUCAGGAGGCUCUGGCCAGCAAACCCCAAGCACCUCCUGUCCACCUCCACAGCGUUGGAAACUCACCCGAGGCACAGCGCCUACGGUUUGCUCUGUGGGUGAGUGAGUGCUCAUCAGCACUCCUUUUGAGCACCUCUGUCUCCAUUAGCUGCAUCUAUUUCUCUUAGGUUUAUACAGGUUUCCAUUCAAACAGUUAUUAACACCAUACUACUUAGUGUUUUGUGUUUUGGUUUGUUUUUUCUUCAAUCACUACUGUACUGAAAUAAAGAUAAAAGCAAGGACUACUGUGAGUAGUGAAUGAAUUAGAAAAUGGAUGAAGUAUUACAUGCCCAGAGGCUAAGAUCAGAAGUUCAUGAAUGAACUGGUGGUUUUACCAUGCAUCAGUCUCUUUUCCCUUAAGUCCUUGCCCGUGUGAUUGUUCCUUAGCAGCACCAUGCCAGCCCAUCCCAUACAGCUCUGUUCUCAAAGAUCUUGCCUGGAAUGAAAUUUUCUGUCUCAAACUUCAUGAGGCCUCAGCCAAACCAGCAGGCCCAAAAUUUUUAUAGCAGCAGUAAUCUGUUUAAUUAGGUCAGAAAAAAAGGUUGGGGGAGUCUUUGGAAGCUAUGCUAGUCCAUGUUUCUUUUUACUGUAACAGAAUUCCUGAGGCAGGCUGGCUGUAGUCUCAGCACGGCUGCUGGUGAAGAAGACCUCAUUGCAGAUGGCUCACAUGAAAAGCAGUCCUGGAGGGAGCAAUCACACUUGGAGUCAGGAGAGAGAUUGGAAUAUCCUAGUCCCUUCUAGUCCCAUUAACCUAGGUCCCACUUAAAGGCCUCCACCUCCCACAUCAGCACCAGGACCAGGCUUUUAACACAUGCUACCUUAGAUAAGCUCCCCCGACACCACGGCAGAGUUGGCAGAAUUCCAGAGCCAGGGCCCAUGUCCUCAUCAAGGAACACCAUGGGGUAGAUUUUAGAUGGUGGUGCGUUGUCUUCUGAUCGGACUAUCUCUUGACUUUUCACGUUGGUGGCAUGCUUGCCCAAAUUCUCCACUAGAGCCUGUUCUGCUGCUGCAGUACCCAUUUUACUUUAGUUGCCGUUUGUUUUCUUAUGGAAAACUGUUUCGAGAAUUCUGUUUGUCUUUGAGAGCUUCUAUUGGAUCAUCUCUGGAUUGCUAUAGUCCUUUGUUAUUCCAGAGCUGCUGUUUAUGCUUGAAGAUCCUAAAUAGGAGGAAGUGUGGGUGGAGCCUAAGAAUAGGUAGAACACCAAUUCCUGUGUGAACUCUAGAGUACAAGUCCUGGCCUAGGAAGAUGGUUUAGUUGUUAAACGUACCUGCAAUG